AUGACUGUGCCUGUGUGUUCCUGUGCCUGUGCCUUGUGUGUGGCUAUCACCCUCCCACCAGCACAACGAGCCGUGAGCCGUGAGCGCGGCUAUGCCCGUCCGUCCAGACGGCACCAGCACCGCCUCCAGCAAGCACGUCUGCCUCUCCCUCUCCCUCUCUCUCCCUCUCUCGACCGCCUCUCCCACCGUCGACAGACGAGCGGUAAGCCGCAGGCGGUGAGUAGGCAACAGGCGCCGGGCGUGCUGUGCGAGUGCAAUUGUGGAGUUCGGGUGGCACCCGAGCGUGGGAAUUGGGCUGCCGGAUGCGAGGCUACGCAGGGCUCCCGGGGCGGCGGGCGUGUGAGACCAUGGGCUGCUCCUGCUGCUACUGUUGUUGCUGCUGCUACUGCUGCGCUGGAUUGCGGUGGCGGCGCCGGCCACAUGUUGCGGUGUGGGUGUUCCUUUUUCGGGGGGAAGGGAGAGAUUGAAUGGGUGGGUUAG